AUGAUUCGUUUUUUGUGGCAGGUAGCCGCUACUGCCUCGCUGUUUGCCUGCUCCCAUGCUCAAUCAGAGACAUCAUCCUCGUACUACACCAGUCCUACAAUCUACCCUUCGCCAAAUACUACAGGCAUCGGCUGGGAUGGCGCUCUCGAGAAAGCACAAAGCUUCCUCGGCCAGCUCAAUCUGACAGAGAAAGUGUACAUCGUCACGGGAGUCCGUGGACCAUGUGUGGGCAAUAUCGCACCAAUACCUCGCCUCAACUUCACUGGCCUUUGCUUGCAAGAUGGACCAGCUGCCAUUCGAGUCGCCGACUAUGCUUCGGUCUUUCCAGCUGGCAUAACGACGGCAGCAACAUGGGACAAGACGCUGUUCUAUCAGCGAGCUGCUGCGAUGGGCCAGGAGUUCAAGGAUAAGGGCGCUCAUGUUAUCCUCGCACCGGUUGCUGGUCCGCUCGGACGCGUCGCUCUUGGAGGACGUAACUGGGAAGGCUUCUCGCCAGAUCCAUACCUGACCGGAUCCGCCUUCGCGCUUUCUGUUGAAGGGAUGCAGAGUGUUGGUGCUCAAGCUUGUGGAAAGCACUACAUCGGCAAUGAGCAGGAGACCCAGCGAAAUCCAACAGUCAAUGGCGAAGGCGAAACCAUUUUGGCCAUAUCAUCCAACAUUGAUGAUCGCACUAUGCACGAGCUGUACCUCUGGCCGUUUGCGGACGCUGUCAAAUCCGGCAUGGCAUCCGUGAUGUGCAGCUACAAUCGAAUCAAUCAGACGUACGGAUGCGAAAAUUCUAAAUUACUCAAUGGAGUACUAAAGGAGGAACUUGGCUUCCAAGGCUACGUGAUGAGCGACUGGGGAGCUACUCACUCUGGUCUGCCAGCAAUCAACGGUGGUCUCGACAUGGAUAUGCCUGGAAGCAGCUUCGGAUCGCAGACUUUGUCCUUCUUUGGUGGCAACAUCACUGCAGCAGUUCAGAAUGGAUCUCUGCCCGAGUCACGACUCGAUGACAUGGUCCUUCGUAUCAUGACGCCCUACUACUUUCUCGGCCAAGACAGUUAUCCCAGCGUAGACGGCUCAUCGGCAGACUUGAACGGCUACAAUCCAGCCACCUCAAAUUAUUCAUUCACGUUGGGUACUGACAAGAGUCGAGACGUCCGCGGUGGACAUGCCCAGUUGAUUCACGACAUCGCAGCACAAGGCACGGUUCUGCUGAAGAACGAGAACGCUACUCUCCCACUCAAGUCACCGAAACGUAUCGGCGUGUUCGGCAACGAUGCCGCUGAUCUCGUCACGGGUCUCUACAAUACCAACAAUCUCAACUACGCAGGAGCGCCCGGCUACGACAUCGGAACCCUUGCUGUCGGCGGUGGCAGUGGAGCUGGCCGAUUCACGACCCUCAUCUCGCCUCUGGAAGCGAUCAAGCGGCGAGCCUACGCGGAGGGUGCCAUCGUGGAGUACGUCCUAGACAAUAAGGUCGCAAUACAAUCAGGAGGCAGAGGCGGCGGACUCGGUCCUCCCACCGGCAAGAUAUCUCCCAAGCCCGACGUCUGCCUUGUCUUCUUGAAGACCUACGUGACCGAAGGAUACGACCGCCUCAAUUACGAAGCCGACUGGAACUCAACUCAGCUUGUUGCCAACAUUACUAGCUUCUGCAACAACACUGUGGUGAUCACGCAUUCGGGCGGCAUCAACACCAUGCCAUGGGCCGAGAAUGAGAACGUCACCGCUAUCCUAGCCGCACACCUCCCCGGCGAGCAAUCGGGUAAUUCGAUCGUUAGCGUGCUGUGGGGCGAUGUCAACCCAUCCGGUCACUUGCCCUACACCAUCGCUUUGAAUGAGUCGGACUACAACACUAAGAUCGUUAAUCAGACUAACACUAACGACACUGAUCCAAAUGCAUGGCAGGACAACUUCUCAGAGGGUCUGUUCAUCGACUAUCGGCACUUCGACCAGGCUGGGAUCGAGCCAUUGUACGAAUUCGGCUUCGGACUCUCAUACACAACCUUCAACAUAUCCGACUUGUCCAUCUCAGCAACCACCAAUGCUUCCUUGACACAAUUGCCCGGCGACACAGCCAUCCAGCCCGGCGGCAACCCCGAACUCUACGCCGUUCUCGCUACAGUGUCGGUCACUGUCAGCAAUACCGGUGAGGUCGCCGGUGCAGCUGUGCCUCAGCUUUACGUAUCUUUCCCGUCUGGCUCUGUGCCAGAAGGGACGCCAGUCCGAGUUCUACGUGGAUUCGAGAAGCGGCAGCUUGCUCCAGGAGCGUCCGAGGCGGUGCAAUUCAUGCUGACACGACGCGACCUCAGCUAUUGGGAUGUCGUUUCGCAACAGUGGUCUCUGCCGUCGAACGGGAGUGCUACUGUGCAGGCUGGCUGGAGCAGUCGGGACUUGCCUUUGGAAGGGGAGCUAGCUUUGACGAUCGAGGGGUGA